GCUUUCAAAUCCAAACAUAACAUCUCAACAUUGAACUCGUUUGAAAUCUCUAAACAAGCGAUAGAGCUAAACAAAAUGGCAAUGAGGUUCUCAUCACUUACUAAAAUCGUGCUUCUCUCUGCAGCUAUGUUGCUUUUGGUCCACGCAAGUGCUCGCACUUUACAGCAAACUCAGACUCUGCCUCUCCAAGGAGGAGGAGCUGCUCCUACCAAAGAUGAGCCUCAUAUGGUUAAUGCCCCUCUUGAGGACCAGAAGAACUUCAUCUACGGCGGUGGAAUUGGCGGUGUUGCCGGAGUUGGUGGAUUCAUGGGGAUGCCAGGUGGUGGAAGUGGUGGCUCUGGCAUGACUUUCCCACUCCCGAGUGGGACGCCGCUUCUUGGUGGGGCUGGUGGGCUUGGUGGUUUGGGUGGUGCAAUGGGGUUCCCUGGUGGACUCGGUGGUGGACCUAGUGGUGGUGGUGUUCCAAGUUCAAGCGGUGGUUCUCCUUAAGACAGAUCAUGAUGAUUAAUUGGUUCCUAUGUAGUAUGUAACUCCAAGAUGUUUAGGAGGAAGUGAAGUUUUGUUUCGUUGUGUUAAGUUUGGAUCUUUGAUGUCGUUUCUGUGUUUCUCUUAUCGUCUUUUUCGUCAUCAGUUUAUGGUUUGACGUUAUGUUUGUGUUUCCUUGUUCGUAAUUUCUUUAAUAAUAUUCGUUCUGUUUUUGUUU